CAUUGUGUGCGAUGCCGAAAAUGCUCUACAAUUUUUAGAUAACACAAACCCCUCUCUCUCUCUCUCUCUUAGCAGAGAGAAACAUGCAAGAUAUGUAGAUACUGUUACAGUUUGAUAGAUUUGGAGAGAGUGAAAGAGAUGAUAGGGUUGAAGAAGCUUCCACCAAUUGAGAGAGAGAUAGUGAUCGGAUUGGUUAUGUGAAUUUUCUGGUAGAAUUCGAUACAAGAAUUACUGGAUUUGAGGCGUUGCGAUUCGAGAACGCACGCUGUUUACAAUGGUGUUCAGAGACACGAUUAAGGAACCCAAAGUGAAAGUGGAAGGGGCUGGUUGUGAUUUACCAUUGGCUGUUAGUUUGCAGAGUCGUGUUGCAUCUCAGCUCCCUGCCUACUUGGAGGAAGGCUUGGGAUUUUCCCAGAAAAAUUUGCACUCAUUGGCUUCCUUUCUCUUAUCAAGAAAGGUUAAUCCCAAAGAUGUUGAUAAAAUGUUGCUUGAAAGACAAAUGCUUGGUUUUGAUUUGGAGCGGAUAUUGUUAAAGAGAAUGAGAUCUUCAGUCUUGGGAAGAACUGGAGAGAAUCAUGAUGGUCAAGCGUCAGAUGAUAGUCUCUUGCCUGGUCUUCAUGAAGACACAGCAUUAGAUAUCUUGGCCUGGAGCUGCAGAUCAUAUUAUCCAAAUCUGGCUUGCGUGAAUAAAAAAUUCAAAGCACUUAUUGGGAGUGGAUAUUUAUAUAGAUUGAGACGGCAGCUUGGGGUCAUGGAACACUGGGUUUAUUUAGCCUGUAUUUUAAUGCCCUGGGAAGCCUUUGAUCCUGUGAGGCAAAGAUGGAUGCGAUUACCUAGGAUGCCAUGUGAUGAAUGUUUUACUUAUGCAGACAAGGAGUCUCUCGCAGUAGGAACUGAACUGCUUGUUUUUGGUCGCGAGCUGUCAGGAUUUGCUAUCUGGAUGUACAGCUUACUGUCUCAUGAAUGGUCUAGAUGUCCUCCUAUGAACUUACCUCGUUGUCUGUUUGGUUCAAGUAGCCUUGGAGAAAUUGCCAUUAUUGCUGGGGGAAGUGACAAGAAUGGACGCAUUCUGAGAUCUGCAGAGCUUUACAAUUCUGAACUAGGUGUAUGGCAGAAUUUGCCAGAUAUGAAUUUGCCACGUAAGUUAUGUUCAGGCUUAUUUAUGGAUGGGAAAUUUUAUGUCAUUGGGGGUAUGUCAAGCCAAACAGAAUGCUUGAGUUGUGGUGAGGAGUAUAACCUCGAGACAAGAAUAUGGAGGAGGAUAGAGAACAUGUACCCUGUUUCCAGUGUUGGUCAUCCUGCCAUGCGUUCUCCGCCUCUAGUCGCUGUUGUAAAUAAUCAACUGUACUCUGCUGAUCAAGCAACAAAUCAGGUCAAGAAAUAUGACAAGACUAAUAAUUCAUGGAGUGUUGUUAAGCAGUUGCCAGUGAGGGCCGACUCUUCUCAUGGUUGGGGAUUAGCAUUUAAAGCAUGUGGUAGCAGCUUAUUAGUGAUUGGAGGGCAUAGAGGUCCUGAAGGUGAAGUUAUUGUGCUGCAUUCUUGGGAUCCGCAGGAUAGAAGUAUGGCUGGGCCCGAGUGGAAUGUUCUUGCUGUCAAGGAGCGAGCAGGUGCUUUUGUAUACAACUGUGCAGUAAUGGGAUGCUAAUGCUUUGGUACAUGGUUGUUUUGGGUGCAAACUUUGACUUGUGUGUUUAAUCAAAUGCUUGAUUGGGGAAGAUGACACUUUUCUCGGUAUAAUUUUUGUUGAAAAGUUUACAAUGUUAACUUGUAAUUUUUUUUUCCUGUUCUUGAUGCUUAUUUAUUUCAUGGCAGUUAGAUGAUCAUAAUUGACUCAUUGACAUUGAGAAUUCAUAAUGAUUCAAUCUAAGCCCCAUUAUGUUCAUAACUA